UUUGCUCCUUCUUCCGGGUUUCAUUCAGGCAACUCUGCUACAUGGCAGAGCUGUAGAAGUUUGGGGGUUUUGGGUUUUUUUGAGAGUGAUCGGAAGACAAUCGCAAACAUAUAUCAUGUAGGAACAUUUUAAUGAUACGACUGAGCCGUGUUAUCAGGCAAACCUUGACGCUGCGUUGACAGAGUAGGCGUGUGCUAGCAUAGCAUUCACACUGUGGGAGCAUGGCGGCGGUGGACAGCUUCCACUUGCUGUACAGGGAAAUUUCCCGAUCGUGCGGUUUUUACUUUGAGACACUGGCUGUGGUGGGUGCUCUGUACACGGCCAGCAGGGCUGUCAUCCUGCUCCGGGACUGCUGCGUGUUGGUCAGGGUGCAUUUCCUACCUAGGAUGAUCCCAAGUAGGAAGCUUACCCAAAGAUAUGGCGAUUGGGCUGUCAUUUACGGUGCAUCCGAGCCUGUGGCCCAGGCCUAUGCGGAGGAGCUGGCCAGGCAGGGCCUCAGCAUCAUUUUUGUCUCCCAGGACCUUACUGCCAUCGGAGACUUUGCCAGACAUCUCUCCCAGAUCUACAGCGUGGAAAUCCUCCUCGUCUGCGCCGACCUCUGCUGGGACGCGUCGGCCGGCAAGUCCAUCAAAGAAGCUCUGAGGGGUAAAGACGUCGGUUUCCUGGUCAACUGUGUGGACGAGUUGUGCACUUCGCCCCAGAGCCUGAUUGAGAUGCCUGAACAGAGACUGAUGGACGUGGUGGCGAGGAACCUGGCGGCCGCCACGCUGCUGACCCGCUUGGUGCUGCCGGGCAUGGUGGAGCGCAGUAAAGGAGCUGUGGUCAAUAUCUCCUCCGGCGCUUGCUGCCGGCCGCUACCUGGAAGAGUGACGCUCACCGCCUCCACUGGGUACUUGGAUCAUUUCUCCCGAGCUCUCCAUGUGGAGUACGGCGGCCGAGGGAUCUUUGCUCAAAGUCUGAUUCCAUUCCAGAUCGCCUCCAGUAAGCGUCAGCCGGCAUCGUCCACGGAGGGCUGGUUCGCGCCAACGCCGGAGGUCUACGCUCGCCACGCCAUCUCCACCCUGGGCGUGUCCAACAGAACCACAGGCUAUUGGCCGCACACGCUGCAGUAUGGGCUCAUGAGGUGCAUCCCAGAGUGGAUUUGGGUUCUGGGGUCACGAAUGUUCAUCGGUUGGAGUUAAAAUCAGGCUCCUCCUCCUCCUGCUUCCUGUAUUUUACCAAUGUAGAUUUGUGAUUGUUGGAAAUGUAUGCAUUGUGUUGAUGUACUGCUAACACCCCAUCAGUGUGAUACGUGACUGUGAUACGCAUCAAACACACACUUUUGAUCACAUCACAUCACUUACACGCCGAGGCAUCAACUGGAGUUUAUCCUACAACCCCCCCCCCUCCCCACACACACACACACCCCACACCCCACCCCACCAGCUGAGUGUUUGUGCACGUCCGCUGUCAUCAAUGCAAGUGAACAUGCUGUCCAAGGCCGUUAUUAACUUAUUCAAUGGAAUAAAGUAAAAACAAUA